CUCCUUCCAUUUUCCAUUCCGUCUCGGCGCUCGCUCCGCACACGGCAUCCGCCUCGCGCGCGAAGAAAACGAGAGGGAAGCAAAAAGAGGAGAGCAGCGGCAGAGAGGAAUCGAAUCGGCGGGCAUGGAGGGAUACGACCGCGAGUUCUGGCAGUUCAGCGACCAGCUGAGGCUGCAGACGGCCAGCUUCUCCGGCCUCUCGCUUGGCGACUCCAUCUGGUCGUCCCCGGCCGACCGCCGCAACGAGGCCGUCUUCUCCUCCUCCUCCCCGCCGCCCGACGGCGAGUACCACCACUUCUCCGCUAAGAACAGCGUCGUCGCCAACGGCGGCGGCGGCGCUGGGAUGGACGGGCCGGGGCUCAUCGGCUCCGGCAAGCUCGCCUUCGGCGCCAGCAAGGCCGACCGCUACAACAGCGUCAACCUCCCCAGCGACGGCAAGCCCUACGGCAAGAACAACAACAACGCCAACGUCAACGCCUUCGCGUUCAACAAGAUGGGGGGUUACGGCGGCAACAACGGCAGCUACGGCGGCAACGGCGGCGAGGUCAAGAGCUACUUCAACAAGUCCGUCGGGAGGCCGGCGAGCAACAACAACAACAACACCACCGGCGGCUUCUACGGCAGCGGGCACGGCAAGAAGGGCGGCGACGGCGCCGGCGGCAAGAAGAAGCACGCCAAGAACAACGACGGCGGCAACAACGGCGCGCAGGCGUCGGACAAGAGGUUCAAGACGCUGCCGGCGUCGGAGGCGCUGCCCAGGGACGAGGCCAUCGGCGGAUACAUCUUCGUCUGCAACAACGACACCAUGGAGGAGAACCUCAAGAGGCAGCUCUUCGGGCUUCCAUCGAGAUACAGAGAUUCAGUGAGGGCAAUCAGGCCAGGGCUGCCCCUCUUCCUCUACAACUACUCCACCCACCAGCUCCACGGCAUCUUCGAGGCUGCGAGCUUUGGCGGAACAAACAUCGAUCCUACGGCUUGGGAGGACAAGAAGUGCCCCGGCGAGUCGCGCUUCCCUGCACAGGUGAAGGUUGCGACGAGGAGGAUCUACGACCCGCUGGAGGAGGACGCCUUCCGGCCGAUCCUCCACCACUACGACGGGCCCAAGUUCAGGCUGGAGCUCAGCGUCGCCGAGGCGCUCUCCCUUCUUGACAUCUUUGCAGACAAGGACGACGCCUGAGGCUCUAUGCUUCCCUGCUGCUGCUGCUGCCUGCAGAGAGAGGAUCAGGGGACUGCCGGUGAAGGACACAAAAGUAAUAAGAUUCGACGCUGUGAGAUAAUACGUAUAGAUUAUAUGCAUACAAGGGCAGUAGUAGUAGUAGUGUUUAACGGUGUGUGUGCUGAUGAACGAACAUGGAGCCGAUUAGUACAAAAGUUUGUGUGGGGUUUCCCAUCUCGCGGGCUAAGAGAUGAUGCGUCCCAUUGUUGUUUUUUUUCUCAUUAUCAUGUGCGAUGAUGAUUUCGGAGUCUGCAGAGGAUUAGCCCUUUGUUGGUGUACACACAUUAUACUUCUGGACGGCCAGCCAUGUAUAAAAAAUCCCUCGAGACCUCUUUCUGUUUCUCCUGUUGUAAAAUCAUUGACAGAAUAAACAGACAUACUAUACUCUCUCCAGAGGUGAGUACUUAUAUAUA